AUGGUAGCGAUUCAGUUCAUCAAAGCUCGUCAGAUCUUCGACAGCCGUGGAAAUCCAACUGUCGAAGUUGAUGUUACUCUCAGUGAUAAAACUUUCGCUAGAGCUGCUGUUCCUAGUGGUGCUUCAACAGGUGUCUAUGAAGCUUUGGAAUUGAGGGAUGGAGGUUCAGACUACCUUGGGAAAGGUGUUCUCAAGGCUGUUGAGAAUGUGAAUGCAAUUAUAGCACCUGCUCUGAUUGGCAAGGACCCAACCAAGCAGACUGAAAUUGACAAUUUUAUGGUACAACAACUUGAUGGAACUGUUAAUGAGUGGGGAUGGUGCAAGCAGAAGCUCGGAGCCAAUGCUAUUUUGGCAGUGUCGCUCGCUGUUUGUAAAGCUGGUGCUUUAGCAAAGAAACUUCCACUGUACAAGCAUAUUGCCAAUCUAGCUGGAAACAAGACUUUGAUACUGCCUGUACCUGCAUUCAAUGUUAUCAAUGGAGGUUCACAUGCAGGAAAUAAGCUUGCAAUGCAGGAAUUUAUGAUUCUCCCUGUUGGGGCAUCUUCUUUCAAAGAAGCAAUGAAGAUGGGUGUAGAAGUAUACCAUCAUCUGAAGGCUGUGAUUAAAAAGAAGUACGGACAAGAUGCUACUAACGUCGGUGAUGAAGGCGGCUUUGCUCCUAAUAUCCAGGAUAACAAAGAAGGACUCGAGCUUCUGAAGACUGCCAUUGCGAAAGCGGGUUAUACCGGAAAGGUUGUAAUUGGGAUGGACGUUGCUGCCUCCGAGUUUUAUAAUAACGAGCGAAAAACAUAUGACUUGAAUUUUAAGGAAGAGAACAACGAUGGAUCAGAGAAAAUUUCAGGGGACAGCUUAAAGAAUGUGUACAAGUCAUUUGUGUCAGAUUACCCGAUUGUGUCCAUUGAGGAUCCAUUUGAUCAGGAUGACUGGGAGCACUAUUCGAAGUUAACAGCUGAAAUUGGCCAGCAAGUACAGAUUGUUGGUGAUGAUCUCCUUGUUACCAACCCAAAGCGCGUAGAAAAAGCAAUUAAGGAGAAGUCUUGCAAUGCACUUUUAUUGAAGGUGAAUCAAAUUGGUAGUGUAACUGAAAGCAUCGAAGCUGUGAAAAUGUCUAAGCAAGCUGGCUGGGGUGUCAUGGCUAGCCACCGAAGUGGAGAAACCGAGGAUACCUUCAUUGCUGAUCUCUCAGUUGGGUUAGCAACUGGUCAGAUCAAGACGGGAGCUCCCUGCAGAUCCGAAAGGCUUGCUAAGUACAACCAGCUUCUUAGGAUUGAGGAGGAACUUGGUGCUGCAGCAGUCUAUGCUGGUUCCAAAUUCAGAGCCCCGGUGGAUCCCUAUUGA